AUGAAUAACCAAAACUAUGUCAUCCCCACGGUCGCGGCCGCCGCCGAAAAUUCCGACCACCUCCCGGUUGUCGUCGUUAUGGUUCCGCUACCAGCACAAGGCCAUUUGAACCAGCUCCUCCACCUCUCUCGCCUCCUCUCGACCUUUCAUAUCCCCAUCCACUUCGUUGGCACCGCCACCCACAACUGCCAAGCUCGGCUUCGUUGCGUUGAUGGCGGUGACGACUAUCAUCGCCGUCGUCAUCGUCACCCGAUUCAAUUCCAUGACUUUGACAUACCCCCAUUCCCCUCUCCUCCUCCAAACCCUUUCGCCGUCCACAAAUUUCCCUCCCACCUUAUCCCCGCUUUCACCGCUGCCGCCGUCCACCUCCACCGUCCUCUCACCGUCUUUCUUCACUCCCUCUCGCCGAAAGCGAAACGAGUCAUCGUCAUCCACGACUCGCUUAUGUCGUCGGUUGUUCAAGGUGUUCACACUAUUCCCAACGUUGAAUCCUAUAGCUUUCAUAGUGUUUCGGCCUUCGCCGUCGUGCUCCACCACUUGGAGCGUAAAGCGGUUGUCACCGGCCGUGACAUGGCGGCGUUCUAUGACGAGUUGUUACCGGAGAAGGUGAAUGUUCCUCCGCUUGAUGAGUGUUUUCCGGCGGAGUUCUUGGAAUUCAUUAGAUCUCAAUUUCAUCAGCUACCAAAAAUGGGAGGUGGGAAAAUUUAUAACGCUUGUAGAGUGAUUGAAGGACAGUUCUUGGAAGUGAUUGAAAGGGUUGAACAUGAAUUUCAUCACUGGGCUUUGGGUCCUUUCAACCCUCUCAAAAUCUCUCCAUCUUUGAAGAAUGGCCAAGAGUCGUCAUCCAAACAUAAAUGCUUGGCAUGGCUAGAUCGACAAGACCCGAGAUCAGUGAUCUACGUUUCAUUCGGGACAACGACGGCCAUGGAAGACGAACAAAUCAAAGAAAUAGCAAAUGGGUUAGCAAGCAGCCACCAAAAGUUCAUAUGGGUCCUCCGGGAUGCCGACAAAGCCGACAUCUUUGAAGGUAACAACGUUAAAAUAUCCGAGCUCCCAGAAGGGUACGAAGAUCUAAUCGGGGACCGAGGGUUGGUAAUAAGGGAAUGGGCGCCGCAGUUGGAGAUAUUGAGCCACCGGGCGACGGGAGGGUUCAUGACGCAUUGCGGGUGGAAUUCGUGCAUGGAGAGCAUAACCACGGGGGUUCCGGUGGCAGCAUGGCCAAUGCACUCGGACCAGCCGAGGAACACCGUGCUUAUGACGGCGGUGCUGCGAGUGGGGGUGGUGGUGAAGGAGUGGGGGCAGAAGCAGGGCGAGGUGGUGGCGGCCGCGGUGGUGGAGGAGGUGGUGAGGAGGUUGAUGGUGUCCGAGGAAGGGGCGGAGGUAAGGAGGAAUUCAGAGAGGCUUGGGGAAGCUGUGCGACGAUCGAUGGAAGACGGCGGCGAUUCUCGUCGAGAGUUGGAGGCUUUUGUUGCUCAUAUUACGAGGUAG